AUGCCUUUCCUAGGUCUCGCUCGAAAGAAAACCGCACAGCGGAAGACAGAGCACGGUGGAAAGAACUAUCUGUUAUAUCUUCAGCGUCGAAGAGAACAUGAAAAGCAACGGACGCAGCCGUUAUUCAGCCGGCACACCAAUAUCCAGGCAGCUUCGGUGCGUGGCAAGUUAACGAGGUUCUGUGAAGAGUAUUCAAUCCAUGAUGUUAACGACUUUCUGCAGCACCUGACCAUUGGAGAUGUCAAGACCUGGUUUGAUUGGAUCAGAGAGAAUUUUCAGGGCUCAAUUAAAUCCCACCACGCUCUCGGCACCUACUGGAGAACUCUGAAGAGAUUACACUAUCUAAAGCACGAAAAGGACAUGGAGGCAUCUAUGGAGAGAGAAUGCGUGAACUACUACAAUUACACCAGCAGGAUGAUGGGCUUGCGGAGGCAUGCACUACCCAAACCCACAGCAAGCUCGAUUGACCUCCUUGAAUUUCAGGUGGCCCACCUCGUUCAUUGUACGUCAGUAUUUCCGGAUGAGAAGCAGCGACUCUAUGUCACAGUUGCAUUAAAUCUAUCAAGCGUCACGGCCUGCCGGGCGGUUUCACUCCGGGGGGGGGCCUCGAGCGAUUCCGGUUACCCUACAAGGAACAGUAACGCGGAACCAGACCACGCACUGGAUAGUGGCUAUGCAUCAGACAGCUCCGUUGUGACAGAUGAUGGCUACCUCAGUGGUCAAGCGGUAGCAAUUGAGGCUGUUCUUUGGAGACAUGUUGAGUUUUAUAUUCUACGGAACCCGAAGCGGGGUGCUCGCCACGUGCUGGCCGCCAUUGUGACGCUUAUUCAUACAAAGGGGAAAAAGGCCCGCGUAAAGAGAUUUGUCAUACAACAUGAAGACAACCUCCUCUUCGAUCUGCUAUCGCAGCUUUUCGCGUUGGGUCUGGAUGACGAUAUUUUUAAGGCCGACAUUAGGGAUGAAGCGGAUAUCUAUACAGUACCAAUUCCAUCCCAUCGGAAGGCUCUCCAACUUAAGAUCAAGAGAGAAAAAUUAGAUAUCCCCGUCUUCCGGGAGCCGGAGCGGACCGAAGAUGGUUACCGAACGUCAGAGAAAACACCCCUCAAGAGAAGCACUUUUGCUCGUUAUCUUAAAAGAAUUGGACUGAUCACUGGUGAGAAAACAGGCCUGACCCAGAAAUGGGUACGCCGAGGUGGUAUCAACGCAAUCAAUGAAAACGCUCCACCAGAAGUGCGGGAUCAAGUGGCGGAUCACGAAUCGAACGCCGUCAUGUAUUAUUUGAAUGAAAUAAUCUCCUGUGAUACAGCAGCUGCAUUUCACCAACGAGCUUCGGACGAGGUGGUGCAGAGAGAGAUGCGAAGCGCCACCCUGUUGGCGGACAGGACGGCCCCGAUUCGUCUGACGGACGAGCAGUCUAGCAAAAUUCAAAACCAUCCCGAGGUUCAGAGGCUACGUGCAAUCUGCCAGCAAUUGACAGAGGAGAUCUAUCAACAGGGAAACACUGUAAAGGAAGCUAAAGCCACUGGAACUGAACUCAGUCUACAAAAGAAGGAGGCAGAUGCAGAGUUAAACCGGACUAUUACUGGCCUGCGAGAGAAGGAGCUCAACAAGAAUCGGAUGAGGUACUUCCGAAAUACAGACACCGAAACUUUUAACCAGCAGUACAAAAUAGAUUCGACUAGCCAGCAAAGAGAAAGCCAAUCCCUGACCUCUAUCCGAUAUACCAUCCCCGAGCGGGAAGAGAGUGUUCGUUUACUUUGUUAUUCCAUAUCUGUGCAGACAGAGGAUGAGAUUCAUAGUCGUCGAUUGAAGUUCAUUCGUCUCAUGGUCCGUUGGCAAAAGCGCCAGGAAGCACCUCGCCGAGGAAGGCAAAUGGUCACCAUGUCUCAGCCUCCUCCUUCUCCUCCUCCACCUCUAUCUCUGGCAAUGCAACCAGACAACAUCCCGCUGAAAUUCCAUCCGCUGCAAUGUCCAUUUUGUUUAUCAAACCCCGGUCUCCCUCCUGGUCAGCGGGCAAAGAAAAAAUCGAAGACGAACAAACUUUGGGACCAUGUCGAGAACCGUCACCGUAAAGAACUCGCGGCUUUUGAGUCUGGUAACCGGGCUUGUGGAUUGUGUUUCCUAAGUGAAGUUGUGUUCAAGCCUUCUAGUGUAUCUGAUUUCAAGCGUCAUACAGGCGAUAUCCAUUCAAUCCCGCUUCGGCCACUCCGCUUGCCCUUACAAGGACUGUGA